UUGAGAAUUUGGGGAAUGCAUGUUUACAGUCCGAAAUCCGGAAUCAUAGUUAUGCUUACUCAUUAAACUUAAUGAUAAGAGAUCAUAAUUUUUUUUCAAUACUUUUAGGACAAACUGCUCUUAGCAUGAAAAUGAAAGACUGUUUGUAAUAUUUAUCGACUAUAAUCGUUGAGCAAGUAAGAAAGUUAUGACAAGCGUUAAGUUAGAAGUUCAGUGGUCUCCGAUACAUCCGAAUAAGUUUAUCACUUGGGGAACAGAAAUAUACCUCUACGAAAUAGCACAGCUCAAGGAGAGCGUCAGACCAUCGUGUAUUAAAGUAUCGGAUGAAACAGUUGCACAUCUCCUAGCGAGUAGUACAAGUUACCCUUAUGUCAAGUGCAUUGACAUCUAUCCUCAUCCUGAGCCAGAUAUUUUGUUAGCUGUUGGACAGGCCAAUGGAAAAAUUGCACUAGCAACUUUUGGCCCCACUAUUUUUGACGCCUUGGGUAUAGCAGGCAAAGAAUUUGUUCCUAAACAUGCUAGGCAGUGCAACGCUGUUGCUUGGAAUCCUGUAGAUACUAAUAUAUUGGUCUCUGGGCUGGACAAGUAUCGUACCGAUCAGUCUUUACUUUUGUGGGAUGUUUCAAAAAGUCCACUCAGCACAGAGAGAGCGCACCAUUACAAUGCCAGUCAAGUGGAAAUGCCUAAACCAAUUGCCGAAACUGGCAAUUCCGAGACAAUACAUUCACUAUCUUGGUUCAAGAAUGAGCCAAAGUGUUUGGUUGCUGGGGCCAACAAUAAGCAGCUUAAAAUCGUUGACUUUCGGGAUUCGGUAAAAGUAGUAAAUACAACGUCGACAAAGGCUGUAUUUAGUUUAGCAGUGAAUCCCCACAAUGAUCAUUAUUUGGUGUCACAAGUUGACAAUCAAAUCAUCAUUUGGGAUACACGUUCUUUUGAAAAACCACUUCUUACCCUCCUUCAGCAAAAACCAGUAACUAAAGUUUUGUGGUGCCCUACCAGACAAAGUUUAUUAGGUUCACUACAAAAAGACUCUGGAUCUCUAUAUCUCCAUGAUAUACAGCAUUACGGAACUGUCAGAGAGGAUGCAGAGCCUGGGGCUCUUGAGAGAACCAUUGCACCUUCAUGGGCCAAUCCAACUAGUUUCUCAUGGCAUCCCACACAUGUAAAUAGAUUUUUAGGGAUUUCUCAACAAGGUUUGACUGAUUAUACUGUUAAUGAGAGAAUAACUUUAAAUUGGUCUGCCAGAUCUCAUCUUGUAUGGAAUCAUUCUUCCAAAACUUUUAAAUAUAUUUGUAGUAGCGAUAAAAUUUACAAAGACUUGGGUGAUAUUUCAAUAUUAACGAAGAAACGUGCAAUGGCAGGCUAUGGUCUAUUGCCUGAAUUAGCACAAAACGGAGAACUAGCUGAAGACGAGACAUUAAAAAAUUUGUGGCAAUGGUUAUACCUCAGUCGUUCCUUAGUAGAAGAUGGCACAAUAGCAACUGGAGUACUGAAACAUCCUGGUAUCAGGACUGUUCUCAAACUAGAUGGACAAACAGGAGGUUUUGUAAAGUCGGAAAUUGUUCACAGACCAUGGGCAGAUAUUGGCUCCAAUCACACUGCCAAAACUUAUAGAUCACCUGAUCGCGAUAAGGCUCUACAAUUAUGCGGUUGGAGAUUUGAGAAAGAUUCAAAUAUGCCUUACAAUAAUUUAUUUAUUGAACGUCUAGAAAGAGAAGGCACUUAUUCCAGAGCAUCGGCAAUAUCUGUCUUCAAUUUAGGUUUGCGACAAGCCAUUGAAAUUUUAAAUAGAGGUGCUAGUAAAAUGUCCCUAGCAUCGAAUUUACAUAUUGUUGCAAUGGCACUAUCUGGAUUCUCGGAAGAAAAAAGUAGUAUGUGGAGAGAAUUGUGUUUAAAGUCACGAGCUCAACUGACUGAUCCCUAUCUCAGAGCGACUUUUGCUUUCCUCACUGCUGACAGUGAUUCCUAUGAAAAUGUUCUUAAUGAAAGUGGCGUGGCUGUGGAAGACAGAGUAGCAUUUGCAUUGAUGUUUUUAUCAGAUGCAAAAUUGUGUGAUUACAUAAAUAAACUGACUCAAAGUUUACUCGAUGAGGGAUACUUGGCUGGAUUUUUAUUAACUGGAGCCAACUCGGAAGGUAUUCGGUUACUUCACAGAUACUUGGAUAUCACUGGAGAUGUACAAAGUUGUAGUUUAAUUGCAGUGAGAGCUUUGGAAGAAAAUCUAUUAAAAGAGCCAGAAGUUCUACUUUGGAUCGAAAGUUAUAGGAAUCUUUUAGAUUCUUGGAAAAUGUGGAAUCAGAGAGCUCAUUUCGACAUAAUAAGGGGAACAACAAAAUCAGAAAAACCAUCGCAUCAAAUGUACAUUUCCUGUCAUUUUUGUGGAAAGAGUAUAUCCACGUUUAUGCAAGGAUUCGCUCGAGUGAGAAAUUAUGGAAAACAAGGAAGUCAAGUUAAAUCUACUUGUAUAAAUUGCAGAAAACCAUUACCACGAUGUGCUAUUUGUUUAAUGCACAUGGGAACUAUAACUGACUUACCAUCUGGAAAUAAAAAUGACGACGAAAAUAAAAUAACAGAAUUUAGCAGUUGGUUCACAUGGUGUCAAACGUGUAGACAUGGUGGUCAUGCAAAUCACAUUAUACAUUGGUUUCAACAACAUUCGGAAUGUCCAGUGACUUCUUGUACUUGUAGAUGUUUUUCUUUGGAUGCGUCUUGUAAAACAGGUGCUGUGUAA